GACAGCAAAUAGCAGAUGUUAAUUCACUCCUCUGAGGAAAAACUGGCCUUGAGAACAGAUCAAUUACAAUGGAUGAAGACCGAUAUUCGUAUUCUGAAGAAAAUAUUCCUCUGUCAUUACUACCCUGGUUCUGGAAGAAGAAAAGAAAUUCUGUAUCUCCUGCUGAUAAAAGUCAAAGCAAGAUAGAAGCAUGGACAGAAAGUGUUACUCCUUCAAGCUCUUGUACUCCUGAAGAUUUAGUAGGAAGUGAUCCUGAACCUAAACCACAGGCCAUAAUUUACUCAUCAGCUCCUCUACCAGGCAGCAUAAUGAAUUUUUCAGAAGAAAUUCAAGAAAAUCCUUUAUGUGGGAUUAAAAGAGUUAUGAUUGAAGAGACACCUGAGCAGGAUGUGGAGGGAAAUUUUUGGCCGCACAAACUUGGAGUGAGUAUAAACAAGUGGUCACAGCUGAAUUCCCUGACUAAAAUGGGUGAAAACAGAGCUCUAGAAAAAGAUCAUCCAAACAUAUCUGGAGUUUGUUCUGAUCUUGACCACAAAGAUACUGAGCUGGAGGAGUGUAAAAUCAAAGAAGAGUUGCCAUAUAUCCCAUACAAACUAGCUACAUUAUAUAUCAUAAAGGUUGUGAAAGACAUGCAGGAAAUGAAAAGCAAACACAUGAAGAUCAUCAAACAACUGGAAAAUAUAAAAAAAGAAAAACAGGUAAUUAUUCUGGAACAUGGAUAUAAUUGUGUCAUAAAUUAGUCAGAGUAAAGCAGAUGGAAUCAUAGAAUGGCUUGGGUUGGAAGGGACCCCAAGGAUCAUUAUGUUCCAAACCCCCUGCCACAGGCAGGGCCACUAACCUCCAGAUCUGGUACUAGACUAGGAUGCCCGGGGCUCCAUCCAAAGCCCAGGGCUUCAUCCAGCCUUGGACACCUCCAGGGAUGGGGUGUCCAGAGCAUCUCUGGGCAGCCUGUUCCAGAACCUCAUCUCUUUCUCUGAAGAAUUUCCGCCUGACAUCCAAUGUAAACCUUCCCUGCUUGAGCUUAAUACCAUUCCCCCUUGUCCUGUGACUAUCGAUCUGAGUGAAAAGUUGAUUUCCUUCCAGUUUAUAGUCUCCUUUUAAAUACUGGAAGGCUGCAGUGAGGU